UCCGGUGGAUUGGUCUAUUGGCUGGGAAGACGCAGGAUGUGUCGUUUGGAACGGGACGAGACGGGAGAACGUGUUUAAUACAUUGAAAGAGUUUUACAGAUGCCUGCGGGGGUGUCCUGGCCUCGUUACCUGCGGAUGUUGGGCGCCAGUAUCUUGGCCAUGUUCGCAGGGGCAGAAGUGGUCCAUCAGUAUUACAGGCCUGAUCUGACCAUUCCCGAACUUCCACCCAAACCCGGAGAACUGAGGACUGAGCUACUGGGACUGAAACAAAGACAGGACGCUGCUUCCCAAGAAAACUGAUUCCCAACACUGUGAACUCCAUGUAUAUAUGUACAGCUUGGAUGAGUGUGUAUGUACUAGAACUUGAGAUUCAGAGACCCAGAUUAAACAUGAUUGGAUAUUUA